ACAGUUGCCAAUAGCAACGACAGAGCUAGGAUACGUACUUCCGGGUGAAAUGUCACUUAAAAGUCUUUCCAAUAUGGCUGCCCCCUUGGAGUUGUACUGUUGGAAAGGCGACUAUGGAUUACCUUCAAUAGAUGUCGACUGUUUAAUUGUGCUGGCCUACGCCAAGUUUGCAGGUGCACCGCUUAAAGUCCACAAAAUCACCAACCCAUGGAGAAGCCCUACAGGUACUUUGCCUGCUCUGAAGACCAGGGACGACGGAAGCCUCUCUCAACCCAGUAAGAUCAUCAUUCAUCUCAGGAAACAGAUGUACAAUGCAGACUACGACCUAUCGGCAAAGGAGGGCGCAGAUACGCUUGCUUUUGUGUCUCUACUGGAGGAGAAGUUGCUGCCAGCACUGGUCUACACAUUGUGGAUAGACUCUAAAAAUUAUGUGGACGUUACACGGUGCUGGUAUGCGGAAAACAUCCCCUUUCCUCUCAACUUCCUGCUGCCCAACCGCAUGCACAGCCAACAGCUGGAGAGACUGAGACUUGUGAGGGGUGACCCAGUCCUCGAACCUGGUGAACAGCUGGAGAAAGAGCUUUAUCGUGAUGCAUUUGAAUGUAUGACUCUCCUAUCGCAGAGAUUGGCCUCACAAAAAUUCUUCUUCGGAGAUUCUCCAUCAUCGCUGGAUGCGUAUGUGUUUGCACACUUGGCCCCUCUUUUGAAGAUCAAACUGCCUAAUGGAAAGCUCCAGCAACACCUUAACUCUCUGAGCAACCUACAGCAGUUCUGCACCAACAUCCUAACGCUCUACUUCCCUUCUGAUAUACAAGAUACUCCGGGUCGCAAGAUGCAUGUUCAGCCUGACGGUGGAGAUUUUGAAAAUGAGCCUAACAAGCGUCGUAACCAGAUCCUUUCUGUACUGUUUGCUGUGGGAGCCAUGCUGGGUUAUGCCGUCCUUACUGGCAUUGUUACCAUUAAACGUGAGCUGCCACAGUUGAGGAACUCUAGCCAUGAUGAUGAUGAGGGUGAUGAAGAAGAUGAGGACUAAACGAAAGUGGCAUGAGGAGACGUACAAACUAUGACCUCAUUUACUUUUAAUCUGUGUACCUUCAGGCAAGCCCCAUAUUGGUGCUUUUUAAAUUAUAAUUAUUGUUAAUACUAUUAUUAAAAAUAUUAUCCUCCAG